UCAAUCAUUUAUUAUACAAUAAAACAGGCAAAAAAAUUAUAAUAAUUUAUUGUAUUUUUACCCGAAUUUCCUCUCUUUUCAGUGUAUAUAUGAGGCUUAUUUCCAUGCAGCUGAAUUAUAUAGACGCUACCACUUUAAAUGGAGUCCAAUGACAUCAUCACUGCAGCUUAUAUAAUCCAGCGCCGACCGGAUCCUGAUGAGAGUUGUAGUUGGAGUUUGUAAGUAUAGGAUGUCAGCUCCUGCUCUGCAUUAUUUUGUCUAUUUUAAAUACAUUUUCUCAAUGUAAUGUUUCCGUUUUCUCUUAUUUUUAGGCGAUUUGUGCGAGAAUAGCUACUAUUUGUGCUAUUUGAGCGAUUUUUGUUCGUAAGAGGAGAAGGAGCGAGGAGUAGGCGGAGGCGCGAGGAGUCGGAGGAUCGAGGAGGCGCCAGGAGGAGGAGAAGCGAGGAGGAGGAGGAGGAGAGCCGGGAUCGGGGACAUGGACCAACCACCUGAGGAGAUGAAGCGUCUUACUGUUUCCCCCAAUAGCGGACCACCAGGAUUGACUGCUGCACCCGGUCAAGCACCACCAGGAUUGACUGCACCCGGUCGAGCACCACCAGGACUGGGAGCAUCGGGACGAGCACCUCCAGGUUUGCCACCACCAGGAUUGACUGCACCCGGACGAGCACCUCCAGGAUUGCCACCACCAGGGCUUGGACCACCCGGACUGAGACUGCCAGCGCCGAGGACCCAGGAGAUGGAGCGCCCUUCAGAAGAUCCAGAAGUGCGCAUUGAUGUCUCCUGGAUGAUGGCAUCGGCCUUACUGGCGUCUUUUAGCAACCAGGGACCACCAGGAUUGACUGCUGCACCCGGUCGAGCACCACCAGGAUUGACUGCACCCGGGCGAGCACCACCAGGACUGGGAGCACCCGGACGAGCACCUCCAGGAUUGACUGCACCCGGACGAGCACCACCAGGAUUGACUGCACCCGGACGAGCACCACCCGGACUGAGACUGCCAGCGCCGAGGACCCAGGAGAUGGAGCGCCCUUCAGAAGAUCCAGAAGAGCGCAUUGAUGUCUCCUGGAUGAUGGCAUCGGCCUUACUGGCGUCUUUUAGCAACCAGGGAGAGGAACCCAAAGACGAUGGAGAGGAGAAGCUUGGAGAAGACCCUGGAGACCACCCAGAGGAGAAGCCUGGAGAAGAUCCUGGAGACCACCCAGAGGAGAAGCCUGGAGAAGAUCCUGAAGACCACCCAGAGGAGAAGCCUGGAGAAGAUCCUGGAGACCACCCAGAGGAUGAGCCGGAUGACUACACCGAGGAGCCGGAUGAAUACACUGAGGAGCCGGAUUACUACUACAUCGUGGAGGCGGAUGACUACAUCGAGGAGGCGGAUGACUACACCGAGGAGCCGGAUUACUACUACAUCGUGGAGCCGGAUGACUACACCGAGGAGCCGGAUGACCACGCAGAGGAGGAGCCUGGAGUUCGCCCAGAAGAGGAGCCUGGAGACGACCCAGACGAGGAACCCAUAUACAUAACAUAUAAUGAGUGGUGUUACCGGAUGAGACCCUAUGGAAUCGCCAUCACCAAGCGCUACGACAUAUACUGUGACGAUGACGACGACGAUGACGGGGUAAGAUUCUCUUCUUCUUCUCAUAAUAAGAUAUUCCUAGUUAUGUAG